UAGGCGCGUUCUUCUCACAGGGAGGUGGGAUUUCCUCCUCCGUCUCAGCAUCAUCAUUUUCCAUCCUCCUCUGGACCACCUGCUUUAUGUUUGAUUAGUCACCCACCGCCGAAAUGCUCUGUGUCAAUCGCUGCUCCCAGUAGCAUUUAAAUUAAAACAGCUCGGUUUAAAUGUCAUUUGGAUAAAGGAUGUGCUAAAACCGCUUGGGCGCAGCAGUGAGACAGCAUCUUUUUCCGGUGAUACGUCAUUAUCAUCACGCGUGGACAAGCCCCACUGAAGACCAUGUCAGACAAAAGUGACCUAAAAGCGGAGCUGGAACGCAAAAAGCAGCGCCUCGCCCAGAUCAGGGAGGAGAAAAAGAGAAAAGAAGAGGAAAGGAAGAAGAAAGAGGUCACCAAAAAAGCAGAAAACCAGCAGAAGACAGACAUGACCCCAGAGGAUUCAGACUUGGACCGCAAGCGUCGAGAGACUGAGGCCCUGCUGCAGAGUAUUGGCAUUUCACCUGAGCCGCCCCUAGUGCCAAAUCCUUUGUCCCCGUCCAAAUCAAUGAGCACACCCAGCGAAACGGGGAGUCAGGAUUCAGCAGAGGGGGGAGCAGCAGGCAGGACACUGCAGUGGGACACAGACCCCACAGUGCUGCAGCUGCAGGCUGAUUCUGAGCUUGGACGGAGGUUGCAGAAGCUAGGAGCCUCUAAGAUCACGCAGGUGGACUUUCAGCCAAAGGAAGUGGUCUUGUACAGCAAGGAGACACAAACCCCGCUCACUGCCCACCUAUCUGAAGUAGAGGAGGAAGACGAAGAUGAAGAACUGAUGGAGACAAAACCAGGCCCUGAGCUGGAGCUUCAGGAUGAAGAUGACAAGGAAAAUAAAGAAGCAGGUCCUUUCCCCACGCUGCGGGAGCUGACGGAGGAGGAAAGGCAGCAGAUACUUCACUCUACUGAGUUCCAGAGUUUCUUCGACUGCAGCAUCCGGGUGAUGGAGAGAGCUCUUGCCGAAAGCAGUGACAUCUUCUUCGACUACAGCGGUCGAGCCCUGGAGGACAAGGAAGGAGAUCUAGCUGGUGGCUCCAGUUUGUCCUUCAGUAGACUUUUCUAUGAUGAACACUGGUCCAAACAUCGUGUUGUCACCUGUCUUGACUGGUCCCCUCAGUAUCCUGAGCUGCUCGUUGCCUCCUAUAAUAACAAUGAAGAUGCCCCCCAUGAGCCAGAUGGUGUCGCCCUGGUGUGGAACAUCAAGUUCAAAAAGGCCACACCAGAGUACAUCUUUCACUGUCAGUCUCCAGUGGUGUCUGUGGGUUUUGCGAAGUUUCACCCCAACCUGGUGGUAGGGGGCACCUACUCGGGGCAGAUUGUCCUGUGGGACAACCGCAGUCACAGAAGAACCCCCGUCCAGAGGACUCCCCUGUCGGCUGCUGCGCACACUCACCCUGUGUACUCUGUGAAUGUGGUGGGCACCCAGAAUGCCAACAACCUGAUCACUGUGUCUACAGACGGCAGGAUGUGCUCCUGGAGUCUGGACAUGCUGUCUCAGCCUCAGGAGACAAUGGAACUGGUGUACAAUAAAUCCAAACCAGUGGCAGUAACCGGCAUGGCCUUUCCUACUGGAGACGUAAACAAUUAUGUUGUAGGGAGUGAGGAGGGCACGGUGUAUACUGCAUCCAGACAUGGCAGUAAGGCGGGGAUCUGUGAGAUGUUUGAGGGCCACCAGGGGCCCGUGACAGGGAUCAGCUGUCACAAUGCAGUGGGCGCUGUUGACUUUUCCCAUCUUUUUAUCACUUCCUCCUUUGACUGGACCGUCAAACUUUGGAGCACUAAGCAAAACAAGCCUCUCUACUCUUUUGAGGACAACGCAGAUUAUGUGUAUGAUGUCAUGUGGUCACCUGUGCACCCUGCAAUCUUUGCCUCGGUGGACGGCAUGGGUCGUCUCGACCUGUGGAACCUCAACAAUGACACAGAGGUACCCACCGCCAGUGCCACUAUCGAAGGUGCGUCGGCCUUGAACAGAGUGCGCUGGUCGUCUGGAGGCAAGGAGGUGGCUGUGGGAGACUCAGAAGGACGGGUUUGGGUCUACGAUACCGGAGAGCUGUCAGUGGCCCACAGUGACGACUGGACUCGCUUCGCCCGUACACUGAUGGAGAUCCGUGCCAACCGUGCUGAUGGCGAGGAGGAGGGGCCUAUGGAGCUGGCUUCAUAGAGCAACGCCUUCAAACAUCUCAGUGUCGACUGUAGCAUGUUUACUUUGGGUGUGGUUCUGGUGUGCUGUUACUGUAUGUUCUGAUACUGCUCCCCUGUACUGUCUAUUAUUGGGUGGGUCAUACCGUACUCAAGUGGGAAAAGCCUAAGACCUGUAGUGUGGCAUAGUGAACCUCCCGUGGAGCAUAUGUUAUGUACUCUCCCAAUGUAAUAAUUAAAUAUACAUUCAUUUUGCCUUCAAAUGUCCCACAAAAUCAGUUUCUCAAGCUGCUGUGCCUCCCUUCUGCCUUGGAAAUCGUAAUCAACUGUUUACAAACAUCACCAUCACUUCACAUCAUGCUUCUUGCAUGCGCCACAUCCCAUGAGUAUUCCACAGAUGAUAUUGCGUGCUUGUCACAUGUGGGUUUUGGCGUCAUCUCGGUGUGUAACUUUAAAAUUCCAUCACGGAUGACAACAGUUUCAUACCUGGUAAUGCGGAGAGCUUGUUGUCUUUGGUUUCCUCCUCGGCUUUUACUUCAAUGUUUGUACACCCUGGAAUAAAUAGACUGUGUAUGAGCACACGUUCAA